GCCCGCUCGCACUCGGUCGCGCCGCGGGGCAGGCAUGGGAGCGGAGCGCGCCCUCCCGGCGCCCACACCUGUCUGAGCGGCGCAGGAACCCCGGCCGCGGCGGGCAGCUCGGCGCGGUCAAGAGGUACGUUUUCAUCCCUUCCUGUGCCUGAGCUGCAAAGGAAGCAUUCUUCCAAGAGAGUGGUGCUCAGCAUGGCGGGGAUUCCAGGGCUCCUCCUCCUCCUCGUGCUCCUCCUCCUUCUCUGUGCUGUCGGGCAGGUGAGCCCCUCUGGAGCCCACUGGAAACCCACCUGGCCUGCUUACCGCCUCCCCGUCAUCUUGCCCCAGUCCACUCUCCACUUAGCCAAGCCAGACUUCGGGGCCGAAGCCAAAUUGGAAGUGUCCUCCUCAUGUGGACCCCAGUGUCAUAAGGGAACCCCACUGCCCACUUACGAAGAGGUCAAGCAGUACCUGUCUUAUGAAACGCUCUAUGCCAACGGCAGCCGCACAGAGACCCAGGUGGGCAUUUAUGUCCUCAGCAGUGGUGGCGGCGAGUCUUCGGGCAAGUCCCGGAGGAAGCGGCAGAUUUACGGCUACGACAGCAGGUUCAGCAUUUUUGGGAAGGACUUCCUGCUCAACUACCCCUUCUCGACAUCGGUGAAGCUAUCCACAGGCUGCACAGGCACCCUGGUGUCGGAGAAGCACGUCCUCACGGCUGCCCAUUGCAUACACGAUGGCAAAACCUACGUGAAAGGAACCCAGAAACUCCGCGUGGGCUUCCUGAAGCCCAAGGUUAAAGAUGGUCGAGGGGCCAAGAACUCCAGCGCAGCCGUGCCCGAGAAGAUGAAAUUUCAAUGGAUCCGAGUGAAACGCACCCAUGUGCCCAAAGGUUGGAUCAAGGGCAAUGCCAACGACAUUGGCAUGGAUUAUGACUAUGCUCUCCUGGAACUGAAAAAACUCCACCAGAGAAAGUUCAUGAAGAUCGGGGUGAGCCCUCCCGCCAAGCAGCUGCCGGGGGGCCGAAUCCACUUCUCUGGUUAUGACAAUGACCGACUGGGCAACUUAGUGUACCGCUUCUGCGACGUCAAAGAUGAGACCUAUGACCUGCUCUACCAGCAGUGUGAUGCCCAGCCCGGGGCCAGUGGGUCAGGGGUCUACGUGAGGAUGUGGAAGAAACAGCAGCAGAAGUGGGAGCGAAAAAUUAUUGGCAUCUUUUCAGGGCACCAAUGGGUAGACAUGAAUGGUUCUCCACAGGAUUUCAACGUCGCUGUUAGGAUCACGCCUCUCAAGUACGCCCAGAUUUGCUAUUGGAUUAAAGGAAACUACCUGGAUUGCAGGGAGGGGUGACACGUUCAUCCUUCCUGUGGCACUUAAAGGUCUUCGUAUCCUUAUUUUAGGAGAGGCCACAUGUUCUCAAUGGUGUGUGUGUGUGUGUGCGUGUGUGUGUGUGUGUGUAUGUAAUGUGUCAUAAUAUCUUUUACACCACUUUUUAAAAUUGCAAGAUGACUGGCAUCAUGAUUUGAAAAUCGGUUUGUGUAUCAUGUCAUAUCAUUUGAGCAGUUGGCAAGCCUACUUUUGCAUAGAAAUAAAAAGCAUACUGAUGUUUGGGGCAGUGGGGACUCUAGCGAUUAAGUUAAUCUUUCACUUUUUGAGAAUUUUGAUUUUUGUUUCAUCUGAACUUGUUGCAAAGGUUUAUAUUAAAUAUGUGGCAUACAGGAGAUAUAAUUUCUAA